GUCUUCAUUUCACUCUUCUGGGGAACCAAGAGGCCAGAGAUUGCGGCCUGGGCUUCAUAGUCAAAGGGAAACAAUGUGAUGAUAUAGAUGAGUGUAAAGAGUUGGAACCUACCCCACCCUGUCAAAGUACUGCCACGUGUUACAACACAUAUGGAAGCUUCUACUGUCAGUGUCAACCUGGGUUCAUAUCCACAACGACUGUCGACUUUACUCCUCUCACUGGGAAGUGUAAGGAUCUCAAUGAGUGCCAAGAAAAGCCACAGGUUUGUGGCAGCAACUCCGCUUGCCUCAACACCUUCGGGAGCUUCAAAUGCCAGUGUCAACCUGGGUUCAGAUCCACAACGACUGUCAACUUUACUGCUCUCACUGGGGAUUGUAAGGACAUGGAUGAGUGUAAGGAGCAGACUGCUGAUUGCCCCAACAACUUAUCCUGUGUGAACACCCCAGGGUCCUACACCUGCAUCUGCCAGUCUGGGUACAAACUAACAGAGAGCAGGUGUGAGG